GGGAAUCGACAAACAGGGCGACGAAUCACAGCGCGCGAAGCUCCAAUAAGGGGAGGGGCGAUCCCCUUAAGGCUCCCGGACUGACUGCGAGGGUUUGACCAAUCGGAGCGCAGCGGUGCGGCCUCGUGCCCGCGUUCUUGGUUGUACAAGCAAGGUUAAGCGCCUCUGCCUUUUUUUUUUUCUGUGGUAGCGGCUUCUAAUGGGGUGAUAGAAGUGGGAGGGGCUUGGAGCCUCUCUUUGCGGGCUGAAGGCAGGCUCCGCUUGGCUUGUCUGAGGGAGGUGUUUCCGCGCUUUGCUCUGAAGAGGAGAAGUGUUGUAAAGGAACAAUGAAAACAUUGGUCAUUGGACUUGGAGGUGUAACAAAUGGAGGCAAAUCAACCCUGGCAGGAAAGCUGAAGAAAUUGUUCCCCAAUUGCACUAUAAUUUCCCAAGAUGACUUUUUUAAGCCUGAAUCUGAAGUAGCCAAAGAUGAUCACGGAUUUCUGCAGUACGAUGUACUUGAUGCCUUGUACAUGGAGACAAUGGUGGCAAGCAUACGUUCUUGGAUGACAAAACCAGAAGACUCUGCAUUGCCAAGACCACCCAAUAAUACACAUGAUGAUCAGACAGGAGCAAAAGAUAUUCGGGUCUUAAUUAUUGAAGGUUUCCUUCUGUUUAACUACAAGCCCCUUAGUGAUAUAUGGGAUAAAAAAUAUUUCUUAACAAUUCCCUAUGAAGAGUGUAAAAGGCGAAGAAGCAACAGAAUAUACAAUCCACCAGACCCACCUGGUUACUUUGAUGGACAUGUGUGGCCCAUGUAUCAGAAACACAGGAGAGAAAUGGAAGAAAAUGAAGCAAGCAUUGUUUAUUUAGAUGGAACAAAACCACAGGAAGAUCUCUGUUCAAGGAUAUAUAAUGAUAUAAUACAGGAAUUGGAAAAGACAAGUGAGCAAGGCAUUAUUAUGCAUGCAUAAAUUUGCUUUCAUUACAACUUGCUUCAUGAAUUACUGAAGGCCCCCUUGCCAGUUGACAGAAAAGCACUAAAAAUUAAAUGAGGAAAAGCCAGCUCUUCUGUACAAUGGGAUAUAUUGGUUGUGGUUCGGUACCAAUUCAGUUGCUGCAAUUCUUCUUAACUCCUUUCUUAAUAAAUAUUGUCAAAAAAUGAGAGGUUGUUAUAUUUUAUAAUUGUGUCUCUACUGAAUAAAGUUGGAGGUUACUUUUUGCAUAUAUUUGUUUAUGUAUUUUUUGGGUCACUUGUUA